AUGGACAACACCCUGCUCCGUAACCUCUUCUGGUCCUUCCUGGACCUGCUCAAACCCGAAUUCCUCCAGAAACGCAAAGCCCCCUCCGGCCCACGCACAGGCAGCAAAACCGCCUGGCUCGACGGCCUGCGCGGCGGCGCUGCACUGAUGGUCUGCUUCAUGCAUCUAACAGUCUACACGCACCAGGACCUGGAACUCUGCUACGGGGCCAAAGUCAGUGAAUCCGAAUACAACACGAGUCCUGCCGCGCUGCCGAUUAUAAGAUUACCAUUUACUGGAGGCCAUUAUUCCGUGGUGCUGUUUUUCUGUAUCUCCGGGUAUGUGAUUCCCAGACGGCUGGUCGGGAUGCUGCACCAGGGACGAAGGGAGGAGUUUGUGGAGAGCAUGAACUCGGCCAUGUUUCGACGGCCGUUGAGGUUGUUUUUGCCGGUCGUCUGGAGCACGCUGAUUCUGUGGAUGAUUUGGCAUACGACUGGUGUUGUGGUGCCGUUCCCGCCGCACCAGAGCAACGGCUUCAGGGAGUUCUUUGCUUGGAUCGUGGAUAUGGGGAAGUUUGUGUACUUUUUCCGUGUGGGACUGCUCUUCUCGUGGUACAACUUCCAUACCUGGACGAUUCCGGUAGAAUUUCGAGGGUCCAUGUUCAUCUUUGUGUGGCUGUUCGUCAUGCAUAGUCUCCCCACGAAACGACGAGUGCUGCUCACGGGAGGCAUGGUGCUCUACCUUGCUCUGCUAUCACCCGGUGCCUGGUAUGCCUGCUUCUUCUGGGGCAUGUUCGUCAGCGAACUCGACAUCCUUCGCGACGAAGGCAGCUCAAUCCAAUUCUUCUGGGACGGAGCCUUCAAAUGGCUGCGAGAGCGCAAGGAACUUCGCAUGGUUUUCUACCACUUCGUCUUCUUCUGCGGCUUGUACCUCGCCUCACAACCAUCGUCAGAUCAGAUGGGCAAGGAAGAAGUCAUGGCCAAUUGCCCUGGAUGGAAGACUCUGCGCUUGCUAAUCCCCCCAGCUUACGACGACAACACGAACCAAACGUACCGAUGGUACUACCUCUUCUGGGCCGCGGCCUUCACCCUCGUUUCAGUCAAGGAGAUUCCCUGGCUGCGAUGGAUCUUCGAGAGUAGUCCCGCACAAUACCUCGGCCGCCACUCCUUCGCCCUCUACCUAAUCCACGGCCCCAUGAUCGGCCUCCUGUCCGAACGCCUCUUCUUCCUCACCGGAACAAAAGGCCACAACGUCACCCCCGAAGCCAUCCAGAAAUUCGGCCACUUGCAAGACCUCUGGAAAAACGCCGCCUGGUGGCCGCUUCCGGAAGGAGGCCCCAAAGCCCUCGAGCCGAACUUCUUGGCCUGCGUGGCGAUUAGCAUCCCGGUCAUGUUGUAUGUGGCGGAGAUUGGGACCAAGGCGUUCGAUACGCCGAGUGUAAGGGUGUCGAAUUGGGCUUGGGCCAAGUUUAAGGCGAUGAGGUAG